AUGGGGGCGAAGAAGAGCUCUGUACACAACGUGAAUGUUGGCGUACACACAGUCCAGAGUGUUUCCUCCCCGUGUGGGAAAGGUGACAUGGAAUUUAAGACGAAGACAGUUGGAGGCUCAGAUAGCUCCAAGAUUGAAGUGGUUUCGGUUACGGAGGAAGACUUCCCCACUGUAGAAACCCCCAACACUCUUAUUAUCAGCCCCCUUGGCAGCUUUAUCGCAGAUUUUCAACCAGAGAAAGAUCCAGGUAACCCAGAAGAGCUUCAUUCUCAAGCUGCAGCCAGUCCAACCAUGCCAGUCACAAAAGUUCAGCCUUUUGUUCAUGACAAUGACUUGGAUAAGGGAUGGAAAAACAGACUCAUUCCUCAUCGAUUUGAACUGCUGAUUGCUUCGAGCCUCGUCUUGAUGAUAUUUCUGGUUCUUGGGAUUGGCCUUGGAGUGGGUCUAAGCUGUGUGGGAAAGUUUCGCUGCGGUUCAUCAUCCCAGUGUGUCAAUACCAUGGCUCAGUGUGAUGGAACAAUGGAUUGUGAAAACCACGAAGAUGAGCUUGGUUGUGUACGUCUGAGUGGCAGGAGCUCAGUUCUGCAGGUUCAAAAAAGAGGAGCAUGGAGGACAGUUUGCUCAGAGGAAUGGAACAAUCAGCUCGGGAUAUCUGCCUGCAAGCAACUGGGAUACUCAAGGUAUGUGGAGUCCUUCUUCAUCUCUCUGACCUCCAUUGAGCAGGACCUUCGAACCAACCUGAUUUCCAUCAACUAUAGCCAGGCAGAGGUCAUUAAGCUUCAGAAUGCUGCAACCUUCAGUAAGAACCAGUGCACCUCAGGCAUGGUGACCACUCUGAAAUGUAUUGCGUGUGGUUCGAGGCCUCAUUACAACACUCGAGUUGUGGGGGGUAAUAUCUCCAAACCAGGUCAGUUUCCCUGGCAGGUCAGCCUCCACUUCCAGAGGGAACAUACUUGUGGAGGAUCCAUCAUAACGUCAAGCUGGAUCCUUACUGCAGCCCAUUGUGUGUAUGGAUUUGAAAACUCUUCCCUGUGGACGGUUCACGUGGGGCUGACAGAACAGCUGAUCCAUGGUGCCCAUUCUCUGGCUGUAAAGAGAAUUAUACGGCAUUCUCAGUAUUGGCCAAAAGGACAGGAUUAUGACAUUGCACUGAUGAGGCUACAAGAACCGCUUGUUUUUGAUGGCCUUGUGGAACCCAUUUGUUUGCCUAACUAUGGAGAGGAGAUUACAGAAGGUGAAAUGUGCUGGAUAUCUGGUUGGGGAGCCACAGAGGAAGAUGGAGAGUCCAGUGAUGUUCUUCACUCAGCUAUGAUACCGCUCAUCUCUACCAAGACCUGCAACCAUGCAGAUGUUUACAAAGGCCUAAUCUCUUCUUGGAUGAUAUGUGCAGGAUAUCUGGAAGGAGGAAUUGACUCCUGUCAGGGGGACAGUGGGGGUCCACUUGCAUGUGAAGACUCAUCCGUGUGGAAGCUUGUUGGGGUGACUAGUUGGGGGAUUGGCUGUGCUGAGAGGAACAAACCAGGAGUUUAUACUAGCAUCGCAAAGGCACUGGGCUGGAUCCGCCGACAGAUGGAAAGAGAAGAGGCUUGGAGUCUGCCAACUACAACACAUCAUUGAAAAUUAAGAUCUGACCAACAUCCUUGCUUCAGAAACAUUCAGAUCAAACAACUUAACAUUUUUUGAAGUGGGACAAAAUGAUCUACUAUACUUUAAUAAGGUGAACAUAUGAACAAGACAAACAGGAGAGAGUUGGGCAUUCUUUAUUCCAAAAUAGAAACCUCUAAGGAAAAACAGACAAGAUCGUGGUGAACAAACCCAAAUGAAGAACAGCUGUCAUGGGCCAAGUGUCUAACAAGACUGAUGAAAACUAGAUCGCUUAACUAUUGUUCAGCACAGGCUUACCAUGAUUUAAACAAUGUCCACCCCAAUUUGUGGCGUAACAGCUUAAUGAAGACAUUUUGAAUACUUCACUAUAACAGUGACAGAAGACAAAUGAAGGUGUUUUCCUUCCAGUUCUUCUUCAACUGAAUUUCCUUAAUC